AGGUCUUUCACAUUCCACAACUACAAUUCGCUUGUCAAAAUGAAAAUCUCUUGGGCGGCUGGUUCUCUGCGAAAUGUUAGCCCUCUGAAGAUUGGAGGUCCUGGGAUCAAAUCUCCCUGCAGCCUCACACCCCCCAAUAGCCCCUCCUCUGUCCCUCUUUCAUCAAAUCGUCACAGUGAUAACAGGGCAGUGAGAGCUUCGGCCACCUUUAAUGGCAGUAGCACACAUCAGGAAAGGAGGGAUAGAGAGAAGAAGAAUCAUUAUGCCCUGUUGGGUGUUCCCUGUGAUGCCUCCCACGAGGAUAUCAGAGUCGCAUACAGAAGAUUGGCUCUGCAGUUUCAUCCCGAUGUGGUGCCGCUGCAGCAGAUGGAGUGUGCAACCUCGGUUUUUUCUCAGAUAAAUGGAGCCUAUGACACGCUUUCUGACCCCCACAAGAGAAAAGCAUAUGAUGAGGCUCUUCAACCUGUUGCGCUCAAGGGUUUUACUGGCAGGCCUGCAAAGGGGUUCUCGUCCCCUGCUAGAAGUCCGAGGGGAAAUAAUUGGGAAACAGAUCAGUGUUGGUGCUGAUUAUGGACAGGGAUGAUACAGAGGGUUUUAUACCAAAUUGGGCAUUCGGAUAAUACAGAGGAUUUUGUACCAAAUUGGCAUCGCAAACCUGGAUUUCAAUUCAAGAAAUCGGCUUGGCCCAGAGAUUUGUGUCGUUUAAGGGCUUUCAUUUGAGUAAAACCCAAUGGUUUCCUGCCAUGGUGAACUAUGAAUGUUGAAAAUGAAGUGGGGAGAGCCCAAGGUUUCUAAAAUAAUGUCUGGCUUUGUAAAUAUAUAUUUUCCAUAUCCAGAGGUCUCUCAGUUUUUGGAAAUGGGUUACAGUUUUUAAUAGUUUUGUUUUCUUCUUCA